GCCGGUCGAUAGUACUGCAGUGCCGUUCUAUACAUUGGGACGCUCGCACGGUUCCCUAAAGAACUCACGACUACUUUGAUCGAGCAUUGUGUUACCGGCUUUUCUAUUCGAAAUUCGAACGAUAAAAUCGCAACAAUGAGCUACCUAGAAAAAGUGGAUAGUUAUUUGGAUGCCCUGAAAAUUGGCAAAAGCGCCCUUGUGGACUCAUGGUUUAUGAUGUCGAGUCCAUCCCCCAUAAUUUCCGUUGUGAUACUCUACCUCAUUGUGAUUGUAUUGGGACCACGUUUGAUGAAGAAGCGACCACCGAUGAAGCUGAACAAGCUACUUGCAUACUACAACGCAGCACAAGUACUGCUUGCCAGUACGAUUUGUAUAAAAGCAUUUAGAAUGGACUUCUUUAGAGAUGGAAUACUUUAUGCCGGCUGCCGAUAUUCAUAUUUAACUCAAAAUGCAAUGUUAUUAGAUUUGGGCUGGUGGUACUUCUUCGCCAAAUUCACCGAAUUGCUUGAUACCGUUUUCUUCGUUUUACGAAAAAAAGAAAAACAAGUUACAUUUCUCCACGUAUACCACCACGUGAUUAUGGCCUUAUAUUCUUGGAGUUACCUCAAGUUUGCGGCAGGCGGCGAAGGGGCCAUACUGGCCCUCCUCAAUUCCAUUGUGCAUGUCGUAAUGUACACUUACUAUUUGUUGUCUGGACUUGGUCCGCGGUUCCAGAAGUAUCUCUGGUGGAAGAAAUAUGUCACCAAAAUGCAAUUGUUACAAUUUAUAUUGAUGCUGGCUUACUGUACCUGGACCUACUUCUCCCCUCGAUGUCAGUUCGCAACCGGAUUCACAUAUUUCAUAUCUGGCAACGUUACCCUAUUUCUUCUUCUCUUUUUGAAUUUUUAUUACAAAAGCUACAAAAUCAAGAGAUCAUCAGACAAGACUGAGAAAAUCAAUGAUAAACAAAAUGGAAUCACCAAUGGCAUCUGUAAACCAAAAGGUUUUGCUUCAGAUAUUUACGAGAACGGUGACAACGUACAAAUAAAUGAUAAGAAAGAUAUUCCAGAUUCUGAAGAAAUUCCGUAUGAAGUUAAUAACGCUUGCGGUGAUUAUGCUAAGAAAGGCAAAAUUUUCUUGACAAGACGCACUGCUAAAGCUGCGUACGGUCCUGAAUAUGACUUCGAUAGUAUAAUAAAGAAAUGAUUUACUUUUAAAGACUUUGGUUAGAAUGGUUAUAUUGAGACUGACGUUUGUGAUUAACCGAAGGUGGAAAUUCUAUUCUACAUAAGUUAAACGUAUAAAAGGGGGAUAGAUAAGUGUUAGAUUUAAUUAAUUUAUUCACUUAAGCUCCUCCUAUUUUAGUUUUAUCUCUGUAUCAGUUGCAUUUUUAUCUUAGUACUUUAUCUUCUUCGUCUAACCUUUUGAUAUUUUAAAUCUUUAGACAGUAGGGUGUUUGGUGUUAUUUUGAACUCACCUCUGCUAAGGGACUAUGGACAAAUUCUAAACUUCAGAGCAUAUCGUAGACAAUAUUCUUACUUUACGCUAAUACUAAUACAAGUGGGACCUUGAGAGUCACAGUAGGUAUAUAUAACAUAUAUAGAAUUUAAUAAUUGUUUUCGUGAGAACCAAUAAUCUGAUAGAAUGUAAUUUAAAUUUAAAUAGUAUACUUUUUGUGACUCUCAUUGUGUUUAAAGUGUAUUAAAGUGAAACAAAACGCUUUAAGAAUAAACAAUAUUUACAAUAACCGCCAACUGCACAAUUAAUUGUAAUUUAGAAUAAGAUUAUUGAAAUAAACAUGUCUUUGGAUAAUUUUUUGAUAAUUUGUUUUAAUGAAAGUAUUGCAAUAAAUUAAAAAUGGAUGCAUAAACAUCAAAUUUAUUCAAAUAAUAAUGUUGUCCAUAUUUAUUUCCAUGAGAGCUGUCUUUGGACCACCAAGUAACGUUGAAAAUGAUUUUGUUUUUUCGUUACUUAUAUGUACAAUGAAAUAUACACGCUACUUUUGAAAAAUCAAAUCAAUCCUAUUAGGAUUGGUCCUUUUUUUUCUAAUUCUAGUUAUUCAUAGUAAAAUUAAUUUAUUUGGCAAAUAAAUUAUAGUGUUUUAAUCCGGUUUUCUUUUUCCGAAGUAGCGGGGAAGAAAUAAUUUAAACUGUUUAGAUCAUUUAUUUAGAAAAUUAAGAUGUUCAGAUUCGUUUUAUGAGUAAAUGCCUAAAUAUCAUUGAAUAUCCAACUUCCCAGAUUUUGGGGAGAAAAUGAAAUAAAAACCUCUGAACAUGAAUUAAAUAAAGAUUAAAUCGGCGAGCUCCACGUGCAUAGGUAAUUUACUGUAUUUUAAUGAAAAAACAGGUGUAAUAUUUUAGUUUAAGUAUUUUAUAAAUCAUUUUCAAUGCUACUACAAAGACAUUCUAUUCUUUAAUUAUUAUUAUCUUUAAUUAUUAUAAGAGUAUCUUCGACGUAAAAUAAAUGAUGAUUUAUAUAUUUAUUAGGUACAUUUUAAUACAAAUGUAAAAAUGAGUUGCCUUUUAAAUAUAUAUACAUGCAAUAAAUUUUAUUUAUGGUAUGGAAUAGCAAAAAUAAUAUAAUUUAAUAAGGUGCCUUAUACAAUACUACAAACAAGCUAUAUUAUCAUUUAUAGUUUUCAAAAUAAAAUUAUGCUGGGAAGUCUUCGCAGGUUGGCAAACUUAUAUGCCAAGAGCGUCGCUGCUGUUGAAUAAAUUGUAUAAAGAAAUGAUAUUUCAAUAUGACUAUUGAAAAAUUGUAUAGUUGCUCCGGGUGUUCUUGUUAUUAUGCACCAACGAAUCAUAAGUACGUAUAAAAGUUCCGCCCAAUAUUAUAUACACAAUGGAAAUAAUGACAGUUUAUGGUGGGUUGCACCGGUCAGCUUUGACGAUAACUUGAACCUGCACUGAAAAACUCUGUGUAAAUGUAAACGACGAAGGCGUGCAGAUUAAUGUCGAAAUUGACUGGUGAAACCCACACUUUCUCUACUUAGAAACAAAAUUUAAAGAAUUUGAAACCCAAUACUUCAUUUUGUAAAACAAAGUUCAGCUUAAUGAUGGUACAUUAUAAAACAGGCAAAUGUUCGUUAAAUUCUUCGCAGAUCUACAGACCAACACGCAGAUCAUCUAGUUGAUCUGUAGAAGAUUUUUAAAACCUAAAAGGCGGUACAAAAUUUUUAAUAUUUCCAGCUGUCAAAUAAAUAUGUUAAUAUUAUCCGUUACGAUCCCUAUUUAUAUAUAUAGGCAUUCCUUCAAAGAUGAAACUAAAAAGUUCUGUCACUUAUGUUGUUAUUACAUUAUGGAUAAUACAUGUAAUUUUUAAUACACGCAUGUUUCGUACGACGUUUUUAAAUACGCAAGAAGGUCUACCACGAAACAUACAAAUAGGUAGCACGAUACUAUUACGCCGAUAUACUCUUUUCUCUAUCGUUUACGUAUUGUGAAAAAAAUAGAGAACGAGUGGACGCAACUACGUUUUACGUAUUUAAUGUUUUAUGGUAGCCCGCCAGAACAUUUUUACGUCAUACUUGUGGCGUAGGUACAUACCUUGUUCCAUAGCCUUCAACACUUUCGCUAGAAUUUUUCUUAUCCAAAAGGGAAUUUUCGAUAAAUUUGUAUGGUUCAUCUGUGUCUCGAGCGAACGUUUAAUUUUGCUAAGGCAUAAUGUAAUUACAGUACAAAAAUGUUAAUUUAAGACGAAGAAACUUAAAAAUAAAAU